CACGCACUGACACGCUUCCAGCGGCUCUGACGCGUCGCGCCUCGAAUCCCAUUUAAAGUUACCUCGUUGAUGAGGCAAGCGGACAAUUCAACCGCUCAACUCGCCAGUAAAACACCAACCACAAUGCCAGUCUACGACGACCUCAGCGACGGCGAGCCACCCUCGAUCGACCCGUAUGAGGUCUUGGGAUUAGAGCGCACUGCCUCGCCAGACCAGAUCAAAUCGGCCUACCGCAAAGCCGCACUGAAGACACAUCCAGACAAGGUGCCCGAAGACAAGAAGGACGAAGCCAAAGAAAGAUUCCAACAGGUCGCCUUCGCCUAUGCCGUUCUCUCGGACCCGGCCCGGCGCAAGCGCUACGACGAGACCGGCUCAACCUCCGAAGCAGUCGUCGACUCGGACGGCUUCAGCUGGACGGACUACUACCGCGAGCAAUUUCGCGAUGCUGUCUCGGAGGAGGCCAUCAAGCAGUUUGCCGCGAAAUACAAGGGGUCGGACGAGGAGAAGGACGACCUGUUGGCGGCCUACGAGGAGUUUGAGGGCAACAUGGACAAGAUCUACGAGACGGUGAUGCUGAGCAACGUGCUCGAGGACGACGCGCGGUUUCGCAAGAUAAUCGACGCGGCUAUCAAGGCUGAGGAGGUGCCGCGGUUUGAUGCAUAUGUGACGGAGACGAAGAAGACUAGACAAGCGCGGGUCAAGGCCGCGAAGGAGGAGGCCAAAGAGGCGGAUGAGCUCGCGAAGGAGCUGGGCGUCUACGACAAGCUGCGCGGAGGCAGCAAGAAGAGCCAGAAGGACUCUGAGGCCGGUCUGGCCGCGCUCAUUCAGCGGAACCAAGCUUCCAGAGUGAGUGCGCUGGACAAGCUGGCGGAGAAGUAUGGGGCUGUGUCGAAGGCCGCGAAGGGGAAGAAGAGAGGUGCGAAGGAGCUGGAGGAGCCCGACAUCUCAGAGGAGCAAUUCCAAGCCAUACAGGCGGACAUGAUGAAGAAGCGUAAAUGAAGGAUUAGUUUCCUCCUGGGCUGGGCAUGGAGCACUCGAGGGCCGUUUGUUUGACGAUGGAGACAUUGAUCUGGGUCCUAGGAGAGGCAUUUACAGAUCGGCUUUUGCAUAGAAGGGCGAAGAAGGGCGUAAAAGGGGUACGCAGCAUCGGCGUUGGGGACUCUGGAAUUCGAGUAACGUUGCAGGUUUGGCGGCUGCCUAAUGACACGCUAUGUUAAACUGGCCAUCGGCAGUUUCUUCACCAGCUUUUUAUCCGUCACCGAACUCCCGCCUGGGGCGGCCAACUCAUUGGUUUAGAUUCAGGUAUUUUGGGGCUCCUUGACACUAACCAUUCGGACCGGCUUCGGGCCAACCCCCUUCUCCUCGGGGGUGGAUGGCCGAGCAGUGUUGCAGUGGAAGUCCAAAGUGCUCACUGCGGCUACAGCAUGAAGACUAGCAAGAUGAAGGGUCAUGGGCAUCGCCAAAUGACAUGCAGAAUCAUCCGCCGGCCCUGAUUG